AUGGAUUCCGACGAGUUUGAUGACGAUAUCGCUGAUGAGGACAUUCUCGCUGCCUUUGAUCAAGUAUCUUCGUCUAAUGGAGGGCAACUUGCGUCAACGUCUUCUUCGAAUGGAGCUAAAAGCAAUGUCCGCGACUUGAGUAAUCAGCAGCGGGCAGCACAGGAGCUGAAUGACUUACCCUCAGAUGCCUUCUCUUCACCAGAGCCUGUGAGGGGGAAUGUGCGGGCCCCGGCAAGGCCUUUGGUAACCGCUCGCACUGGUUUCAGCCGUACAAAUUCUGGAACCUUGCGACAAACUACCUUGUGGGGUGGUCAAGCAGCGACGGAGGAUGCUCCCCGUCCAUCUCAGCCUACGACUACCAGGGUCUAUCGCGCUGAUCUUCCCCCUGAACCACCAAGCCCUCAUGAACUUGAUAGAGAGGCGAUGAAGACUUGGGUGUAUCCAACAAAUCUGGGGCCAACUCGAGACUAUCAGUACAGUAUUGUCAGAAACAGUCUAUUCAACAACACGCUGGUAGCGCUGCCGACAGGUCUGGGAAAGACGUUUAUUGCUGCUACAGUGAUGCUCAACUUUUACCGAUGGACAAAGACGGCAAAAAUAGUCUUUGUAGCCCCAACAAAGCCGCUUGUAACGCAGCAGAUUGAUGCUUGUUACAACAUUGCGGGAAUACCUCGAUCGGAGACCACACUCCUUACCGGUGACAUCGCUCCCGCCCUGCGGAGUGACGAGUGGGAGAAGAGACGAGUUUUUUUCAUGACACCACAAACGCUCCUCAACGAUCUCUCACAUGGAUAUGCGGAUCCAAAGAGCAUUGGUCUUAUGGUCAUCGACGAAGCGCAUCGCGCUGUGGGUGAAUAUGCAUAUGCCAAAGCUACCAAACUCAUUCGUCGAUUCUCCAACAGUUUCCGGGUUUUGGCUUUGACGGCCACACCGGGCUCGAAAGUUGAAACAGUUCAAGAAGUCAUCGACAACCUGGGGAUUUCACACUGCGAAAUCCGAACCGAGGAAUCCCUUGACAUUCGACAGUAUGUGCAUCAGCGGAAUAUAGAUCAGAUAGUCCUCGACCCUUCGGAUGAGAUGAACCUCAUUGGUGAGCUCUUUACUGAAGCUCUCAAACCGUUGACCGAGAAGCUUAGCUCCCAAAAUAUAUGGUAUGGGCGGAACCCGAUGGCUCUUACAACAUACGGCUUGAUACAGGCUCAGAAGGAGUGGUUUGCCACGCGUGGGAAUCGCGCAAACCAGGGCGUCCAGUUUAUGAUGCGGGCAAUAUUUAGCGUGUUGACGAGUCUUGCACACUCGAUUAAACUAUUGCAGUUUCAUGGCAUCAAACCUUUCUACGACAACAUGGUCGACUUCCGCAGUGAACAAGAGGGAAAAGGCGAGAAAGGAUCCAAGUACAGACGCCAAAUCAUCGACAGCACCAGUUUCCAAGAAAUGAUGGAUAAAAUAGCCGGGUGGCUCAAACUGGAUGGCUUUGUGGGACACCCAAAGCUCACAGCCUUGGCUGACUGUGUCUUGAAUCAUUUCAUGGACAACGGGGAGGGAACUCGAGUCAUAGUGUUCAGCGAGUAUCGUGAUUCCGCCGAAGAAAUCGUGCGCAUGUUCAAUACCCAUCGGCCACUCAUCAAAGCUACCGUCUUUGUUGGGCAGGCGGAUGGCAAGCGCGGCGAGGGCAUGAAGCAGAAGCAGCAAAUAGAUACCAUUGAGAGAUUCAAGACUGGUGCCUACAACGUUCUCGUUGCCACGUCCAUUGGAGAAGAAGGGUUGGACAUUGGCCAGGUUGAUCUUAUUGUCUGCUAUGACUCUUCGGCAUCUCCAAUUCGAAUGCUGCAACGCAUGGGCAGAACGGGGCGAAAGCGAGCAGGCAACAUUGCGCUGCUCCUGAUGAGGGGAAAAGAGGAGGAACAGUUUGCCAAGUCCAAAGAUAAUUACGAAAAGAUGCAACAGCUCAUUUGCGAAGGGAGCCGGUUCAACUUUCGGUUUGAUCUCUCUACGAGGAUCGUGCCCCGAGAUAUACGGCCUGAAGUGGACAUGCGGCAUGUUGAGAUUCCAGUUGAGAAUACUCAAGACACAUCAUUGCCGGAGCCCAAGAAACGACAAGUUCCUCGAGGGAAAAAGAAGCCGCCCAAGAAGUUCCAUAUGCCAGAUGGAGUCCAGACUGGGUUUCAGAAAGUCAGUGAUUUUAUGAAGCUCACGACAAAUCCGGGACAGCCUGGGUCAAAACCAAGUUCAAAGCCAAAGAGAAACUCCGAGCUGGAUGAUGUGACAGCAAUUCCUGAACUGGAACGGGUUGUUCUUGGCCCAGAUGAACUUUAUGAGCUCGAUCGAACAUACCGGAAUCUACCAUUCAACUGUAGCGUGGUUGAAGAAACUGAUAUGCCGAACAUGACAGCCCAUCCAGCACUGCAACGACAACUACGCCCGACUGCCCAAGUUGCGCAUGGGACUCAAACAAAACGCUUAGUCAAGCUGUUACAAAAGCUGGAGGACGAUUCGGAUAGCCUCGUAAGGCCCUGCCGAGACGUGGACGCGAGCGAUUAUCUCGAAAUCCCAGUAAAACCCUUCGUGUAUUCCGAUAAUGGUGAGACAGAUGCCAGCGAUGAUCAGGCUGCAGCGGAUGGGAACAAGAGACAAGCCAUCGAAGUCGAAUCAGAUGACGACUCUUUGGUAUUCGAGGUCCCACAACAAAAGAGGAGAAAGGUUUCGACCAAAAAGACUCAACCCAAAAGGACCCCUCAGCCAGCUGCUCGGCGUGUCUUGGAGCCGGAAGACGAAGAUUUGCUUGGCUCCGAUCUUGAUAUAGACAUUGAAGAGGAAGAGCCUGGGCUGCCGCCCCGACUCAGCGAGGCAAAAAGACAGAAGAGGUUGAAUGCCAAGUCAAAAGGGAAAUAUUCACGGAAAGCUGCCAUCGGAAGUGAUGAGAUUGGAGACGACUGUGAAAGAGAUAGUGAUCUGCUUGAUGAGAGCGACUCGGAUGACGGAGCCGACUUGGUGGAUUUUGUCGUGGGGGACGACCAAGCAACAUCCAGCAUGCUUGAUUCCGAAGCGACGUCUCCUAUAAGGCUGAAUGAAUGGACACCGCAAGCAGGGGUAAGCAAACCCUAUUUUGUGCCAACUCAAUUUACAGCAACCCAAGAAAGCGAAGGUAUUCCUGAACUUGAUACGCUUGCCGGCUCAUCCAAGAUAGAAAGACGAGUGAACGAAGCGUCUGAAGAGGCGGCGCCAGCUAAGAGGAAGCGACGCACAAGACCUGCGUUCCUGGACAGUGACGAUAGUGAUGUUUAA